GCGGUAAACCGAAUGAUAUAAUGUAUUAUUUUUGGAAGGUUUAAUUAUGUAGGUAGGAUAGUGAAAAGAGUAAACAGAGCACUUGCACCGCACUAUCAGUGAACCACUAAUGAGCUAAUCAUAAAUGCCAUAAACAUAGAAAUCACUGGAAAAGCGAUACAUCCAGGUAAGUGCGCAGUUUCGGAAGAAUGGAGUUUCUGCUCGGUGGCGUCGCUGCAGUGAUUUCGAACGUAGUAUGCAACCCGCUGGACGUGGUGAAGAUCCGGAUGCAGCUGCAGGGCGAGCUGCUGGCAAGGGGCGAGUACACGGUGCACUACAAGAACGUGUUCCACGCCUUUUAUGCGAUCGGCAAGGCGGACGGCGUGCUCGCCCUGCAGAGGGGCCUCGUCUCCUCGUCGGCGCACCAGUUCAUCCUCAACGCCAUCCGACUCGGUGCCUUCCACUUUGCUGAAGACCGUGGCUGGACCACGGACGAGACUGGAAACCAUACCUCUUUGCCGAAAAGUGCCCUCAUUUCCUCGGUGGCGGGAGGCAUCGGUGCCAUUGCAGGCAGUCCCUUUUAUUUGGUAAAAACGCAGAUGCAGUCGUACUCGAAUAGUGAGAUCGCAGUCGGACACCAGACCAAGCACCUCGGCACAUUUUCCGCUUUCAAGCAGAUUUACGGGGAGCACGGCUUAAAGGGUCUGUGGCGCGGCACAAACAGCGCCGUGCCAAGGAUGGCCGUCGCUUCAGCAGCUCAACUCACUUCCUACGACAUUUUCAAAAGGCAGUUGAACGAAUCAAAGAUGUUGAGUAAUGAUCACAGCAUCAACUCGUUUGUGGCCAGCGUGCUGAGUAGCUUUGUGACCCUGAUUGUCAAAACGCCUUUCGACGUCGUAUCCACGAGGAUCUACAACCAAGGAGUAGACGCCCAGGGAAAAGGACUGCUGUACUCAGGGGUGGUCGACUGCUUUGUCAAGAUUGUCAAGAAAGAGGGAUUUUUCGGCCUGUACAAGGGCGCUGGCGCAGCCUAUUUGAGAUUGGGCCCACACAUAAUAAUAAGCCUUGUUGUCUGGGAUUGGCUUAGACUUUUGUACGACACUGGAAAAUAAUCGUUCAAAUAUUUUGUGAAUAACGACUGUGAUAAAUGUACGGCUUCGAGAAAUGAUUUCAAAUUAAAACUGGCAAUCUAGGAAAAUUACGUUUUUUAUUUUAAGUACAGAAUAUAAAUUAUUUUUAUACAUUUUUUUCUAACAAUUUACACGAUUCCUAUUAAUUAGUACAACGACGUCAGAGCUUACGAACAAGGCUUUGUAACUCUUGCUUUUGCGCACCAAGUGGCCCAUUGAUGGUCACUUGGUGCGAAACAUAAUUCAUUUGAAAAAGAUCUAUCACUAGAAACUGCGGCAAGGCUGGGGUACUUGGCAUUAAAAACUCGUUUGAUUCAAAAUCAUUGCGCUCGUCGUGCCGUGACCAGCGUAUUGUUCAUAAGAAAAUAAUUCAUCUGUCUGUUCUGAGGUUAGUUCAGCAGUAUUGUCCAACGUUUCUAUUCAAUGCCGUGAUGAGUGUAACAAAAUAAGUUCUGGAUGAUUUUGACCCAAUGGCAGCUGAAUAAAUGCUCGAACCGCACGCCCUCCGGAAUGUUAGGCAGCAAGAAUUAAAUUAGAACUAAAAGCUUAAAUUCUGGGCAAUAAUUAUAAUAAUUUACGGAUGUAACGAUAUCACAGCGCUGGAGUCGGGGGCCCAGCAAAGUCUUCUGCAACUAAUAAUAACCAUUUGGGGACUUCGAGAUGCAGCUCAGGCGAUCACUUCUGGUAAUUGACUCCCGGGUUUCAAAGUCUUUUGUCUAGAUUCGUUUGAUCUGAAACACGAAA